AUGGCGAAUCUACCUCCAUCUCUCUCUAUGGGCACACCUUUCGGUGGUCCCAGCAAUUCGGCCGGAGCUCCGGCGAACAAAGAUAGAAACUUGGCCUCCGCGGAGCAAUUGGUUCUCGAUCUCAGCAAUCCUGAACUCAGAGAGAAUGCUCUCCUCGAGCUUUCCAAGAAAAGAGAACUCUUUCAGGAUUUGGCACCUCUCUUGUGGAACUCUUUUGGUACCAUUGCUGCCUUGUUGCAGGAGAUAGUGUCAAUCUACUCUGUUCUUGCACCUCCAAAUCUGACUCCUGCUCAGUCCAACCGUGUUUGCAACUCACUCGCCCUUCUUCAGUGCGUAGCAUCUCAUUCCGACACGAGGAUGUUAUUUCUCAAGGCUCACAUCCCAUUGUACCUUUAUCCCUUUCUGAAUACCACGAGCAAGUCAAGACCUUUCGAGUACUUGCGCCUUACCAGCUUAGGUGUCAUUGGUGCUCUUGUGAAGGUUGAUGAUACAGAGGUCAUUAGCUUCCUUCUGUCAACUGAAAUUAUUCCUUUGUGCCUCCGCACCAUGGAGAUGGGGAGUGAGCUGUCGAAAACUGUUGCGACAUUCAUAGUUCAGAAGAUCUUGCUGGAUGAUGUGGGGAUGGAUUACAUCUGCACAACAGCAGAGCGUUUUUUUGCUGUUGGGCGAGUGUUGGGCAAUAUGGUUCAGUCUCUUGUGGAGCAGCCUUCUCCACGUCUUUUGAAACAUAUUAUCCGUUGUUAUCUCCGUUUAUCAGACAACCCAAGGGCUUGUGCUGCACUUGGAAGCUGUCUCCCUGACUCCCUACGAGAUGGAACCUUCAGCAACUGCCUUCGCGAGGAUCAAAUCGCGAGGAGGUGGCUACAACAGUUGGUUCACAAUGUUGGAGUUGGGCGAGUCCCAACACAUCAAGGUGGAGGAUUUGAGCACAUGCUUUGA